ACCACCAUCUCCUUGCUCGUUCGUCGUCUGCCCAUCCACAUCUUUUUCUCGUUGUUCACCAACCCCCUCGUUCUCCAAUGGCUCUCAAGCGCAUUAACAAGGAGUUGAUUGACCUCGGACGUGACCCACCCUCAUCCUGCAGCGCGGGCCCCACGGGCGACAACAUGUUCCAGUGGCAAGCGACGAUUAUGGGCCCGGGUGACUCCCCCUAUGCAGGCGGAGUCUUCUUCCUCUCCAUUACCUUCCCGACCGACUACCCCUUCAAGCCUCCCAAGGUCAGCUUCACGACCAAGAUCUACCACCCAAACAUCAACGCCAACGGUUCGAUCUGUCUGGACAUCCUGAGGGAUCAGUGGUCGCCGGCACUGACGAUCUCGAAAGUGUUGCUGUCGAUCUGCUCGAUGUUGACCGACCCCAACCCGGACGACCCGUUGGUGCCUGACAUUGCGCACUUAUACAAGACGGAUCGUGCGCGAUACGAGGCAACGGCUAGGGAGUGGACAAGGAAGUAUGCCAUGUAACUGUCCCCGUGUAUUCGGACCCAUGAGCGUGUUCCGCCGAAGUUCGGGCACGGUGUAUUAGUUUGAUCCCAGUCACGAUCUUUUCUUGUUCUCGUACAGCUUCAGCCAGCCUCACCCUUUCCAUUUCAUCCAUGUGACAAUCAAUGGUCUUUUUGACGCGAUAUGCCCCUCGUGUACUUCCAGACGGACGACGCGAUGUGUCGUCUGUUGCAAAUCCUCUUGCCCCGUUCUUAUGUAGAGAGAGCAACCCUGCUGCGCUAUUAGUUAAAUGCCCUUGAGCGUCGCUCCGUGCGGCCGCUUGGGUAUAUCAUCC